CACUGCUCACUCACUCAUUGACUUACACAGCCAUGUCCGUCCCGCCUGUCCGCGAGCCCCCGCUCAAGCCCACCCCGCCCGAGGCGUACGGCUCGCGCGGUAUCCGCGGGAACCAUGGGCGGACGCUGCGCUUCAGCGAGCCGCCGCCCGUCAUCUGGGCGAAGUGUAACCUCGAGCCUGGGCAGCUGACGGCGCUGCAGGCCCAGCUGGCCAAGCACCACGACCACGUCUUCGCGCACGGGCACGGCGCCGACGGCGACCAGCCCAACAUUGCGCGGUUCACGCCCGACCUCGUCGCGCUCCCCGGGUUCGACCGCUUCGCAGAGCACUACCUCGCCAUGGUGAUGGUCACUGUGGGGACAUGGCAGCCGACCGACCUGGUGCCGAAGGCGCAGCGCAAGACCCAGGCCGAGGAAAGCCUCAUGACCAAGUUCGGCCGGCUCACCGCGACGUCCGACCUGCCCCCGCACCGGUGGAUCACGGGCCUAACGGCCGCCUUUCUGACGAUGCACGUGUGGAACGCGAGCGCGGCGAUGCACGCGCUGUUCACAGCGUACCCAGGCCUCAUAGCCAACGACGUGCGCACGGCGUCGCUGGGGCAGUUCCUCGGCCCGGACAGAAUCCAGUGGCUCCUCCGCCUCCUCCUCGGCAGACUGCACCACCGGCGCGCGUACACAAUCGACGACGAGAGCCUGCAGGCGUGCGGCGAUCUCCUGGUCGCAUACCUCUCGCGCGAGGAAAACGUGCCGCAUUCACCACAGGCACAGAUGCUAACAUACCGCAUCCGCGAGCUGUUCACCUUCGUGCCCAAGGUCCUUACGUGGGAUCUUCAGCUGCACGCCGUGCGCGUCGGGCUCAUGUACGGUGCACUGGCGGUCAGUGUGCGGCUCGAGCAGGACGCCGUCGUGCACCAGAACGCUAUUAUCCGCGCUGGAUUAGGCGCGAUAGGCGGCAUCAUAGGCGCCGCGUGGACGGUCAACCCGUUCGCUGUGCUGCGCCCAGCGGCAGCAGCGAGCGCCGCGACCGUCACGCUGGCGUACGACGCGAUCAACUCGCUCCUCACGGCCGAGGAGCAGCGGCUCGCACAGGUCGUCGCGGUAGUCGUGCACAAGUUCAACGUGCAGGUUCUCCGCGCGGGCCAGCAGGGCGUCGUGCCGUGCUAUAACCCACAGUGGAUCCACGUCAUGCGCGACCACUGCCACGGGUGCGACGGCCACGACGCGGACUGGGAAGCGAAGGUCGAUAAGCCCGUCACCGCCGACGAGUGGGCCGCCGCGCUCGACGCGUUCCAGAGCACGGCGGCGACGGUGCUCCAGAUGAUCGUGUUCGGGUCCGGCGUGCCCGUCACGGUGGACGUGCGGCCAGUGACUGUGGGUGGGCUGGGCCAAGCGCCCCAGGCUCUUCCUCCGCCGCCUUCUCCUGCUCCGCCUGCCCAUGCUCCUCUUCCGCCCGCGGGCACGGACAAUCUUGGACUUGCCGUGUCGGAUGGAGCGACUGGAGGAGGUGGGGGAGGUUGGGGCGACGAGAAGGAGGAGAAGGCAGAGGUGCCGGCACAUCGGCCACAGUCACUGCAAGCGGUCGCCCCUCAAGCCCCCGCCGCUGCAGCUGCUGGUGCCGUGCCACCUGCCGUCGCUCCCGCCGUUGCGCCCACCAGUCUCCCGCGCGUCUCGGCGUGGUCUCUGUCCAGCGCUAGCAAAGUGUCCAUCACGAACGGGUUCGUCGACGUUGGCUACGAGGGGGUGUAG